UUGGUUUAAACCUGUUUGUGGUUCAAAACUACUACACUUUACAACAAUGAUCAAGAUUAUCGCACUUGUUACUUGUUUCUUAGUUCUGGCUUCGGCAUACGAAGAUUAUCACAGUUAUCCUAAAUACAAGUUCGAAUAUGGAGUCAAGGAUUCCCAUACCCACGAUCAUAAGAGCCAAUGGGAGCAGCGCGAUGGAGACCAUGUGAAGGGAAAAUAUACUUUAGAUGAGGCUGAUGGAACGCAUCGUAUCGUUGACUAUGCUUCAGAUCAUAAGGGCGGAUUCCAACCUCACGUUGAACGCAAGGGACAUGCCCAUCAUCCUCAUCACGGAGAAAGUUAUGCCAACAUUCAUCAGUACUACUAA